GCCCCCGCGAGGCUGCGAGACUGGAAGGCUGUCGAGAGGGGAAAGAUGCCCCCCCCCCCCACGGAGGGGGAUUAAGAUCGGACGCCAAGUAAUGGACGAAACGAAUACAAUGGAUGCCCGACAUUAGACUCCUCUUCUUAAGAAGAGGGAGCGGAGGGGCGAGUUUAGGAGGAACUACGGGGUACGCCGACACGCCCACGCGACGCAAGCAGAGACGGGGUGGCGAGACGAGGCAAGGGAAGGAGAAGAGGAAAAGAAAAUUGCCACGUUGGAGUUGGGAGCUGCGUCGAGCCAUCCGCCCUCCCGGUGGCUUACUGGCGAGCGCGACAACGAUCGCACGGAGAGCGAAGCUCCUCAGCCCGGCCCUCUUUCUACUUAACAACUUCACAGCUCGCUUUCUCGCUUGCUCGACUCUUCAGCAGGGCGAAUCAGGCCGCCUUCCCCCCUCGCGACGGCUGUGUCCCCCUUCUCGCGGGCAGCUAGCACAAACCUAUCUACCUACCCACUCGAGCCCGAACCCGACUACCCCCACCCUUCUCUCCCGCUCUCCAAUACUAUUGCUACUACUGCUGCUGCUGCUAUGGACCUCCGCGUCGAUGCGAGAGACGCCGGACGCGAUGCGGGGCGGGCGGCGCCAAACCAUCCGUGGGCAGGUUCUGGAGCCGCGCCGGGUAUCGCGAUGUGCCGGGACGGCGAGACCCUUCCUGUGGCGUGGUAUACCGCUGCGCGCGCGACAGUGCUGCUCUCCGGGGAGGGAAUACGGAUGCUGCGAGAGGCGCCGAGACUGGGAGAAGGAAAGGCCUGGGCCAGAAUGCCAGUAGACCUGUAUCUGCAUGUAGUCGAUAGACAAAUAGCCGACUGCAUCUAAUAGUCGUAAAGAGUGAAGUCUGUAUGCACGAAGUCUCAAUACUGUACCCC